AUGAAACUCCUUGGUGCUGCGACGGUGGCGCUCCUGCUGGCGACGUCCGCGACCGCUGCGUCUUCCACGACAGUCCAAGAGACGAAGAUCAAGAAUUUGUUGGAGGCCAACGUCUCGACCUCGUGUGCUGCGGGCGCACGCUGGAACAAAUGGAGCCCGAUGACGUUCGCGGAUGGCCUCGAUUCCGAUAACAUUCCAGAGUGCGCCUAUGACGCCGGAACUUACGCCAAGGUCGACCAACAAAAGCAGCUGUGCACCGACAUGACGCGUCCAACGACCAACGGCGGUGCGUGCACGACGGCCGACACGAUCUUGUAUGGCGGUCUGAUGUACGAUGAACCGGUGUGGCUCAACUGCUCCAGUGUCAAAGACGCAGACUUGGACGACCUUCAAGCUUACACCACCCAAGACGCCAAGGCGCUGUGUGCGUCCGCCACCUGCUCAGCCUUCGUCAACGCGAUGGCCAAGUUGAUGCCCAACUGCGUCGACAGCUACGGACGCAACACGAUGGACAAGCCCGGCCUCGACGAGCGCUUCGCCUACGUCGGCGACGAUGAGGACAGCAGCAUGGAGACGCUCCUCGCCGCGCCGGUCUUGGCCGACACGACGCUCGCCAGCUUGGCGGCCUUCCGCGACGCCCGCGCGCUACGAGUGACCAUCGCGCCGCCAACGCUGCGGUUCCUCGCGCACUACAAGCUGUGCAUGGCCGAGGCAGCGAUCACCGACGCCGACAUCCUCGCCUGGAUCGAGCGCGAGCUGGCAGAGACGACGCCAACGUCGAUCGAGGCGAUCGUGCAGCACUACCGCGCGCACCUCGUCAUGGACAUGCGCAUCCCCGACGCCCGCGCGCGCGUCGCAAGUUACUUUAUGCGCGCCAACGAGAUGGCCGACGCCAACAACUUUCACUUCGCCGGUGCCAACCUCUUUUGCGCCAUGCUGGUCGAAGGCGUGCGACCACGCGCGCUGCGCCGCGACGUCGAGCUCCUUUUGCACGUCCCAUCGAACGCUCACGCCAAGUGCGACGACCGGCGUCUCUUUGACCUCGACGAAGCAUCCAACACCGCCGACUACGGGACGUGGCGGUCACCCGACGAGCUCUUUCUGUAG